AUGUCAGACCUUAUAGAUCGCCCGCGCUCGGAAUUAACACAAGACGAGCUUCAGCAGUUGGAAGAAUUUGAGUUCAAGCAUGGUCCAAUGUCCUUGAUUAACGAUGCAAUGGUUUCCAAAGUACCGGUAAUAAUAUCUCUAAGAAACAAUCACAAAAUCAUCGCGCGUGUAAAGGCCUUCGACAGACAUUGCAACAUGGUGCUUGAAAACGUCAAGGAGCUUUGGACAGAAAAGCAAAACAAGAAAACAGUAAAUAGAGAAAGAUUCAUCAGCAAGCUUUUUCUUCGCGGGGACUCUAUCAUAAUUGUUCUUAGGGCCCCAGUGUAA